AUGGGGGCCUCGCUGUCGAACCUGGGAAGCAACGGUUCGGCCGCCGCUCCGGGCCUCGGCGACAUCCCGGAGAAUUGCGUCGCUCGCGUCUUUCUCCACCUCACUCCUCCGGAGAUUUGCAACCUCGCGCGCCUCAACCGCGCCUUUCGCGGCGCCGCCUCCGCGGAUUCCGUGUGGCAGACGAAGCUGCCUCGCAACUACCAAGAUCUGCUCGAUUUAAUGCCUCCCGAGAGGCACCGGAAUCUCUCCAAGAAGGACAUCUUCGCGCUGCUCUCUCGCGCAGUGCCCUUUGAUGACGGCAACAAGGAAGUGUGGCUGGAUAGGGUUACCGGAAGAGUUUGCAUGUCAAUUUCGGCGAAGGCGAUGUCUAUUACUGGAAUUGAUGACCGCAGAUACUGGACUUGGGUUCCUACUGAAGAAUCUAGGUUCAACACUGUAGCAUAUUUGCAGCAAAUAUGGUGGUUUGAAGUGGAUGGGGAGUUCAGCUUCCCUUUUCCUGCUGAUAUUUAUACUCUCUCCUUUAGGCUUCACCUUGGACGAUUUUCCAAGAGGCUUGGUCGACGUGUCUGCAGUUAUGAACAUACCCAUGGUUGGGAUAUAAAACCAGUGAGAUUUGAGUUGUCAACCAUGGAUGGUCAGCAAGCAUCAUCUGAGUGCUACUUGGAUGAAACUGAACCUGAUGAUUUACACGGCAAUCACAAGCGUGGACAUUGGGUAGAUUACAAGGUGGGUGAGUUUAUCGUCAGUGGAUCAGAACCUACAACUAAAGUAAGAUUCUCCAUGAAACAGAUUGAUUGUACACACUCUAAAGGUGGGCUUUGUGUAGAUUCUGUAUUUAUUAUACCGAGGGAUUUGAGAGAGCGCAAGAGAAGUGGCAUUCUGAAAUAACCAUGCGCAGAUUAGGAUUUUUUCUUCUUCCAAUUUUUGGUAGUUGGUGUGCUCUUUAGUUUUUAUGUAAUCACCGUCUAUGUGUUUGUCAUUUCCAUGUUUUAUACCUUUGUGAGAUGAGAUGGAUACAGAAACAGGAAAACAAACUUCGCUCACACUUGCUUUCGAUGGUCUGCUCAUUCUGAACUUAAUUGUGAUGCUAUAGUAGAUUUUCCUCACCUGAUAUUGUUGUGCCUUCCAUCAGGUAUUGACUAUUGGCACAUAUGUUGAACAGUAUGCACGGAAAAUUUAGGUGUACCUUUUUUUUAAGCGCAAUAUCAAGCAGAGCUGUUGUAAAAUUUGAUCGAAUAAUAAAAGAAAAUGCCCAACGAAUCGAUCUUUUGAUGUAA